AUGAAAUUAGCCUUGGUGUUACUUGCAUUAAUCGGACUCACUUAUGGAAUUUCAUCAAAAAUCAGUCAUGCUAAGAAAUUAGAAGAACUCUAAAGAACUAAAUUAGGCUAAGCGAUUUUAAAUCUUGUCAACUUGCACUCAUAGGUCUAGGGACCGAUUUAGGAACUUGUUGAAAUGAUUGAAGAAUUAAUCCAAGACAUCAACAAUAAUAUGGAAGAUGUUUAAUACACAUUUUUAAUGCGAACCAAUGAGCACAACUCAUAUAUUGUUCAAGUUAGUUAAUAAUUAUAAGAUGCUGAUUCAGACAUUGCAAGGAUGAUGGAUGUGAUAGAUAAUUUGCUUAUGCCAAGAAAAAUUUAAAUUACUACUAGAAUUGAAUCCUUAAUUGAAAACGAUGAAUUUAAUAGAAAAAACGUAGAUGAAAUAACUUUGCUAAGAGAUUAAGAAAAUUAAGCAUACUAACAACAAAUACAAGAAGAUAAUGAAGCUAUCGAUGCAGCAGAUGAUGCCAUCAAUUUAGUAAGUUCAUUAUCCAAUCCUUCACUAUUUCAAAUCAAGAACAUUAAGUUUACUUUAAAGAGAUUGUCAUAGAAAUAAUGGAAUCGCGUUAAUUAAGGACCUAUGGUGCUGGCAUUACUCCAGAUAGCACUCAAUUAGAAUUUUGCUGAUUCAGAAAUUCUAAAAUAAAUAGUUGAUGCUUUGAAUGAAUUUAGAAAUUAAAUUGUUGAUGCUAUGAAUGAUUUAACUAAAUAAGAAUAACUUAAUUACGAAGAAUUUUUAGAAAGAUUAGAUCAAUUGGACGUUGAACACCUUGAAUUUUAAAAAUAAAUUAACUAAGCAUAAGUUGAUUUGGAUGCAACUACUUAAAAAUUAAAUGAUUGUACUUAAUUCUUGAUCCAAAGAGAAGCUGAUAGACUUCAAUAUCAAUAGCAAUUAGAUUUAGAGAAUGAAACUUAUGUUGUUGAUACUGAUAUUUAUAACUAAAAUUUUAAUCAAUUAUAAGCCGAGUUACCGAUAGCUUAAUAAGGAUUGUCACUCAUUAAAUCAGCUGAUUUUUCUGAUAUUAAAAUAUGA